UGUUAAGGCCGGAACUCCAUUAUUUUUUUUUUAUUUUUUUUGUUGCGCUGAAGAGACGCAUAUCGCAGGGCUGAGAUGGGAAGCUUUGCUUAUGGAAGCAGAGGACUCAAGCGCCGCUGCCCAGACAUGGUACUUCCUACCUGACGCGGCCUUCGACGCACUUGUGGCCCAGAUACUUGUGGAGCCCGAAUCGGCUCGCGAGACCCCAUUCGUACGGCGCAAAGACGACGGAUCCACGCUCCUACACGUCGUGGCAGGGUGGAAGCAUUCGGAGCAGAUCGACGGUUCCGGAUGGACUCCUUUACUGGAGGCAGCGCAGGAGGGUCAAUUUGCAGUGUGUCAAGCAUUACUGGAGGCGGGGGCCACUCCAGAUCUGCCCUGCGGAGAGGUGACGCCACUACAUGCAGCAGUCGAAGUAGGCAACGAAGAAAUGGUGCGGUGGCUACUCCGCCAGCCCGGGACAUGGCCAAGACGAUAUAACGGAGAAUUCUUUGCCUUUUUACUCGAAAAAGUACCCGAAGCAGUGACAGACUAUUUGGAUGUUUUUGCUACCGUUCUAAAUCAUUCGCACAAGGGGUACGAAGCGGUCAAGUAUACGGAUCUGAAGUGGCAUAGUUUUGCGCGGACCAUGUUCCGACAAGAACUAACAGCGUACACGUUGCUAGUGGCGAGUUAUUUUAUCCCGACAGUAUGGGGUAGUCCAGAUUGGAUUCAUUUGAAGACAAAAACUCACAAAAUGGUGGCUGCUCUGCGCUUUAUUUCGUGGUUAUUGAGUAUUUUCCUGCUGCUUUGUGUUGAACGGAGUGAAUGUCGAGGUGAAGGAGUACGGAGAUAUUUUUCAUCGUUCUGGAACUGGAUCGGUGUAACCACCUAUGCGGCCAUUAUAUGCUCAAUUCCAUUGGAAUUUAUAUCGUUCUCGGAGUUAACGCAGCAAGCACGCAACAGUGUCCUCGCCUUGAUCAUAGUUUGCUUAUGGAUUAACUUGUUGCAGUUUCUACAAAUGUCCCGAAACAGUGGACUUAUUAUCGCGAUGAUGGUGCACAUGGUAAAGGAUAUCUAUCGAUUCUUUUUACUGUAUUCCGUGUUUUUACUGGGCUUUAGUGGGGCGUUUUACCUGCUACUGGGGGGAACUAGUGGCUACGAGACUUUUACCACCUCCUUUAUCACAGUCUAUCUCAUGCUGUAUGGUCAACUUACCUACGACAAUUUUAAGGAUGCCAAAGGAUACACCUGGUACACGAGCAACUUCUUGCUCCUCGUACAUCUGCUGAGUGCCGUUGUAGUGCUUCUCAAUAUUCUCAUCGCCAUGAUGGCCACGACGUAUGCCGAGGUGUGGGACGCAGCCGAGGCUGAGGCAUUACAGUCACACGCGCAAGCCAUCGUACGUUUGGAAAAGGCUCUUACGCCUAAAGUUCGUCGUGAAAAAUUCCUCGAACUACUUGCUGUAUCCAAACCAAAGGCUGGCACACGAAGUACUCGAGAACGGCAGUACACCGUUCAGAAAGAGGAAGAACCGCAAGAAGAUCUUU